CGGACUGGUGUGGUGUUUUGUGCGAGCGAGUGAGCAAGCAAGAGAGAGAGGCAGCGAGCGAGCGGAGCUAGCGCGCACAGGAGAGUAGCAGCAGCAGCCGCCGCCAUUUUGCUUGUCGUGUGUGUCGUAGACGGUGGCGGCGGUCAGAGCUGCUCAGAAGAGCGCGAGCAUCGCCGAGACGUGCCAAGUGUUCCCGUUUGGUGGUCGUCGCGUCAAGAAGAUAAGCGCGUCGCGUUCUUUCGUCAGCAAGUUCCACACGAUUUUCGCCUACUCGGAUCUAUUGGUCUCACGCUGGUCAGCCAAUCGAAGAGACAGUGCUCGAUCGCUGCUGUUGCUUAGUGCCGCGAGUUCAAGAUUUGGUGCUAAUCCAGCUCUGACGGAGCCGGCCAACUACGUCGCCAGCGUCCUCCUCCGCCGCCACACUCAGUCAGUCAGUCGUAGGCAGUCCGCCGCAGCCGUGUAGCCGCCAUAUAGCGCGACGUACUCGUACGUACGGCCACGCGAAACACAGAGGGCGCGGAGGAUGCCACCGCUGCUGCUGCACCUCAUCCUCGGGAGCAGCAGCUAAAUUGGCCGCCGCGGUGGACGUCCCCACGAGCAGCAGUCGGCAACGCGAGCAAUAUCGGCAGCCCAGCCGGUUGCCCAGCAAACCACUGUGCUCUCUCGCUCUCCUACGUCUACGCACUCUCUGCUGCGCGUGCAGUACCCGUGUUUUCUUUUCGUCGCUCGCAUUCAGAGUUGCGUGUUCUACUGGCGCUCUCUCAGUUCGGUCGCCGUCGCACUUCUCGCCGUGUGCAUCGUGCGUUGGCCGCCGGAGCAGCGAACCCCCGACGAACGUUGUUGUUGUGUACGUGUACGUGUGUAUCAUCUUUCUGUGUAUCUAUGUUUACGAUGUGCGCGUGAUAUGCGAAGAUGCCAAAUGGUUGAUGAGCACCGGAUCCCGGCGCUACUACUGCUGCUGGUGCGCGCUGCUGGUGGUGCUGGUGGUGCUGGUGCCGAUGAGAAGAGGCUGGCCGGCAUGGCCCGCCGGCGACGAGCAGCACCAGCCGAUAAGUAGCUCAACACCAGCCUAGACAACAAGUCACUACUCGUGGCGCUCGGACUGUCCGACAGCCAAGAGCCAGCAAGUGCUCCAGAAGAUGGCCGACCACCUCGUCGAUGGGCCGCCCAAUAAGCGGCCCAAGCUCAACGACCCCUUCCAGGCCGCCUCCGAUUCCUCCAUGGGUAUGGCGCCUCUAAUGAUGCACCAUGCUUAUUCACACUACGGGGGAGGUGGCAAUGGUAACAUGCAACAAAUGCAGCUACAUGUACAGCAGCAGCAACCGCUACAUCUGCAACACCAUCAGAUGCAGCCAAUUUGGAACAACAGUCAUACUGGGCAAAAAAGAACACCUUUUUCGUCCUCAGAUUACAUGUCAAACACUGAUAUGUUUGAUCUUGAAAAUGAUCUGCCCGAUGAUUUGCUGUCUACGGGCUCAUCAUGGGGUUCAGCAACUGAAAGUGCUAAGCCACCUGCCACAGGACCAGGACCUGGACAACAAAAUGGUGCAUUAGACUCUGAUUUGAGACAUGUGCAACAGCAGCAACAGCUUUCUCAUCAUCUCAUUCAGCAACCGCCGCAGGGCGGAAGCAAAAACUUAGUAGCGAAUUCGCUGGUUAUGGCGAGUAAUUCACUGGGCAGUAAGUCGCCAAACAUGCAGUCUCCGCCGAACGUCUCGGUGUCGAAGAACGUGGUGGAUCCUAGCAUGGUGGUGUCGCUGAGCAACUUGCCAAGUAGCAUAGCGAGCUCCCUAGCGAACAAUCAGCAGCAAAUGUCGAUAGCUAACUCGAUGGGUGGCUCGAUGAGCAUGCAGCCGCAGCCUCAGCAAACCCAGGCCAAUCAGCAGGCUAUGAACCCGGGCGGCAGCCUCGUGAUGACCAGCAGCAGCAACAACAUGAGUGGCAUGGCUGGCGGCGGGUUGAUUAUGGCCAAUAACAGCCUAGCGAACAAGCAGCAGCAGCAACAACAGCAGCAGCAGCAGCAGCAGCAACAAGUAACGAUGGUCGGCGCCGGAAGCGGCAACGCCCAGGGCAUCGGUCACCCGGGCCAGCACGGCGUUAGCCAGAUGCAGAACGGACCGGGCAUGAUGAACGCGCGCGCUGUCGCGAUGCAGCAGCAACACAUGCUCGGUGGGCCGACUAGGGGCCAGAGUCCACAUCAGCAGCUCAAUCCCGCGGGCAUUGUGCCCGGACCCGGUGGACCCAGGAUGGCCGCGCCAAAUAUCUCCAAUAUACCUAACAUGGGACAGAUGGCCGCGGCAAACAGUCCGUACGGAUACGGUUCUCCGGGUGCACCAGGAGGCCCAGUGGGAGCGGGUAACUCGGUGGGCGUGGUAGCGCCGCAGCAGCGUGCCGUGGCUAGUGGCAUGACGGCCAUGGGUGUGGGGCGUUUCGGUGGUGCUCCUGGUGCCGCCGGACCCACUGGACCUAUGGGUGCUGCCGCUGGAGUACCUGGCGGUCAAGAGGGUGGUAUGGCUCAGCAAGCUCAACCACCGGCGCCGAGUCCUGCUCAGCCGCAAAGCGGCGCACCGAGCGGAGGACAACCGGGCCCUCAACAAGCUACGCAGACGCAAGUGCCCAGCAAUGUCGCGCAGCAAAGAAAUAGAGCAGUGACCGCUGACCCGGAAAAGCGCAAGCUCAUUCAGCGGCAACUGCUGCUAUUCUUGCAUGCACACAACUGUCAGCGUCGCGAGAAUCAAGCAAACGGCGAGCAAUGGCAGCCAUGUACAUUGCCAGACUGCCGUACCAUGAAGAACGUAUUGAAUCACAUGUCGACGUGUAACGCGGGCAAAAAUUGUACGGUACCGCAUUGCAGCUCGUCUCGACAGAUUGUCGGCCACUGGAAGCAUUGUGUUAGAACCGACUGUCCCGUAUGCAUGCCUCUGAAACAGGCAGAGAAGAACUGGCAUACUAAUAGCAACGCUGCCACUGGUGCUGGUGAGUUUUGGCUCAGACUCUACAUGAGACUUUUCGGAAAUGUUGCAGCCCCAGCGAAUCAAGCUAAUGCCCAGCAGCCGAGUUCCGCGGAUAUGAGAAGAGCAUACGACGCGCUAGGCAUUAGCGUUCCACCUACGACGCAACCAGGUGUUUUACCAGGAGCUCAAGGUGUUGGCAGGGGAGUGCGAGUCACUACACCCGGAAUGCAGAGUCAACCGGGUGCAAUGGCCAAUGUUAGACUAACUCAGCGGGACGCACCAGUAGGUCCAGGUCAACCAGUAAUAGGCGCAUCUCAGCAAGUAGUAGCUCCAAAUGUGUCUCUACCGUUGAGUUCGGACCCGUCGGCAGUUACCGGAGCUACUGCAGCAGCAGCGGCUGCUGUAACUCAAGCAACUCCGACAACUGGCACUGGUGCCGCGACCGUUAAUCAGCCAACGGCAGCGGCAGCCGCAGUCACCGCAGCUAACAUUCAGCAGCAACUUUUUGGAGGUCUCAACGAAGCUGGCCAACCUGGCAGUGGACUUCUAAACGACAAUAGCAGAAUGCAGCUGCCUGGUGGCUUGCAACCUGGGCAAGUCACGGCGACGCCUGUGCAAGGCACUAAGGAAUGGCACCAGAGUGUCACACCUGAUCUCAGGAACCACCUUGUACAUAAAUUGGUUCAAGCGAUAUUCCCUAAUCCCGAUCCUCAAGCCAUGUUUGAUAAGAGAAUGCACAAUUUAGUUUCAUAUGCUAGGAAAGUGGAAGGUGACAUGUACGAAAUGGCCAAUUCGAGGUCAGAGUAUUAUCACUUACUAGCUGAGAAAAUCUAUAAAAUCCAAAAAGAACUCGAGGAAAAGCGUCAGAAGCGCAAAGAACAACAACAGAUGCAAGCGCAACAACAGCAACCAACGGCCCCAGGUGCAUCGAAUUUGAGGCCAAUCGCACCUCCGAACAUGACAGCAAGUGUGCCCAGGCCGAUUGGAGCAGUAAAACCGACGUUGCGCAGUCAUUCUCCUGGGAUGAGUCAAUUGGGUCUUGCUAGUAUGGGAAUGCAACAGAACCGCAUGCAGUUCAACCAACAAGCCCAGCAAUUGCAAGCGCAACAGGUGCAAGCUCAACAGCAAGCUCAGCAGCAAGGUAUGAUGGGAGGACCAAGUCCCAAUGGCCAAGCUGCCACGAGCAUGGUUGGGCCCUUUGGUCAACCACAGAUGUCCCAAGCCAAUUUGACGACGACCACGGCGUCCGUGACCACUAGUCAAUUCCCUACGUCCAACGGCACCGCGGGCUUGUCCAAUAGCUCGCCCAUACACCAGCAAAACCAGUUCAAUGAUAUCAUGAAGGCCAGAAUAGCACAGGCACAGGCAGCCCAGCAGGGACAACAACCGACGAGUACGGCACAAAACGUGACAGCAACAUCCAUACCCCAAGCACCGUCGCCGUUCGGGAGUAUGCAGCAACAACAGCAGCAGCAGAACCAACAGCAAUUCCUAGGAAAUCGUCCGUUGUCAACUUCUACUCCGAAUGACAAUGGGCUUGCCGUGUCGACGCCUCAAACUAUUCCACCACCAGCCUCUAGUGGGCCGAGUCCAAGUGCUACUCCCAUUGCCAAUGGACCGCAGUCCACUACUUCCACACCUAAUACACCAUUAGUACCGUCGCUUAUGACGCCCUCGCAGAUGGUGAAGAGCGAAAAUCAAACGCCGCCGCAUCCCGGCACAACUCCGUCCCCGGCGGGUCUCGGUAAAGGCAUGAGCUCUCAGGAGAGAGCAGCUCUGAAUGCACCACGAAGCUCGUCUAUGUCGUCGCAGAUGGCUGCUAUCACGGCAGCACUCGAACGCGAUCGCUCGCCUAGCCCGCUCAUGGGCAAAGGCAAGCUGGAUAAUAUGAAGGACGAGAUCAAGAUGGAUAUGGACCAGGAGGACAAUGAGCACAAUCGAUCGGAUGGGGGUAGUGGGAAGAAUGUCAAUAAUGAUCAUGGCAUGGGCAAUGCUAUUAAGACUGAGAUGAAGCCGGAAGCCAUGGAUGAAUGCGGCGAGGCUGGGACUGCCGGAAGCGUCAAGAUCAAAGAGGAACCUGGUAUCAAGGAAGAAAUGGUGACAGACAUGAAUCAAGAAUCAACGAGCGGUGAUAUAAAGCCAGCGAUGCCAGAACCAAUUACACCGAGCGGCAGCUCGACGGACAAAAAGCCGAUCUGCUUGUUUAAACCCGAUGAGUUGAGGCAAGCACUCAUGCCCACUCUAGAAAAGUUGUUCAGACAAGAUCCAGAAUCACUGCCGUUCAGGCAACCUGUCGAUCCUCAUGCACUUGGUAUACCUGAUUACUUCGACAUCGUCAAAAAACCCAUGGAUCUGUCGACCAUCAAACGUAAGCUCGAUACUGGUCAAUACAGCGACCCAUGGCAAUACGUUGACGAUGUGUGGAUGAUGUUCGAAAAUGCUUGGCUGUAUAAUCGCAAGACUUCCAAAGUUUAUAAAUAUUGUACAAAGUUAUCGGAAGUCUUCGAAAAAGAAAUUGAUCCUGUGAUGCAAGCUCUAGGAUACUGCUGUGGCAGAAAAUAUACGUUCAAUCCACAAGUGCUUUGUUGCUAUGGCAAACAGCUGUGCACUAUUCCUAGAGAUGCCAAGUACUAUUCUUACCAGAACAGAUACACCUACUGUCAAAAAUGUUUCAACGACAUUCCCGGAGAUACGGUGACGUUAGGCGACGAUCCUACUCAGCCUCAAACUGUUAUUAAGAAAGAAGAGUUCCAAGAAAUGAAAAAUGAUCACUUAGAGCAAGAGCCAUUCGUAAUGUGUACAGAUUGCGGUAGGAAAGUGCACCAGAUUUGCGUGCUAUACAUGGAACAAAUUUGGCCUGCAGGCUACACGUGCGACGGUUGUCUGAAAAAGAAAUCACAAAAACGAAAAGACAACAAAUUUAGCGCCAAGAGGCUACCCGUAACAAAGCUCGGCACCUACAUCGAGACUCGUGUGAACAAUUUCCUGAAGAAGAAGGAAGCAGGCGCCGGUGAGGUUGCUAUUCGCGUAGUGUCAUCAAGCGACAAAGUUGUCGAAGUAAAACCAGGCAUGAGAAGUCGUUUUGUUGAGACGGGUGACAUGUCAGGCGAGUUCCCUUACCGAGCGAAAGCAUUGUUUGCUUUUGAGGAGGUUGACGGCACCGACGUCUGCUUCUUCGGUAUGCACGUACAAGAGUAUGGUAGUGAAUGUACACCACCUAACACUAGAAGAGUUUACAUUGCCUAUCUCGACUCUGUACACUUCUUCAAACCAAGGCAAUUUAGGACGGCUGUUUAUCAUGAGAUUUUACUUGGUUAUCUCGAUUAUGCGAAACAACUUGGAUACACGAUGGCUCAUAUUUGGGCAUGUCCGCCAUCAGAAGGUGACGAUUAUAUAUUUCACUGCCAUCCUGUCGAUCAGAAAAUUCCGAAGCCUAAAAGGUUACAAGAAUGGUACAAAAAAAUGUUAGACAAGGGUAUUGUUGAGAGGAUUGUCCUUGAUUACAAAGACAUUUUGAAACAAGCAAUGGAAGAUAAACUGUCGUCUGCUGCGGACUUACCGUACUUCGAAGGUGAUUUCUGGCCUAAUGUUCUUGAAGAGAGUAUCAAGGAAUUGAAUCAGGAAGAAGAGGAAAAGCGGAAGCAAGCCGAAGCUGCGGAAGCUGCGGCAGCUGCUGCUAAUGCUAUAUACUCGUUAACUGAGGAUUCGGAAACCGGACCCGACGGCAAGAAAAAAGGUCAAAAGAAAGCCAAAAAGUCCAACAAAUCAAAGGCAAAUCAAAGAAAAAACAGUAAAAAGUCUAAUACUCCCCAAACCGGGAAUGAUCUCUCGGCCAAGAUUUUCGCAACUAUGGAGAAGCACAAAGAAGUAUUUUUCGUUAUUCGACUCCAUAGUGCCCAAAGUGCAGCUAGUUUAGCGCCCAUUCAAGAUCCUGACCCAGUACUCAAUUGUGACUUAAUGGACGGUCGAGAUGCUUUCCUCACAAUGGCCAAAGAAAAGCAUUACGAGUUUUCGUCUUUAAGGCGAGCGAAAUUCAGCUCAAUGUCAAUGUUGUACGAACUGCACAAUCAAGGAUCAGACAAAUUUGUGUAUAAUUGUAAUAAAUGUAAGAGCCACGUCGAGACUAGGUAUCACUGUACUGUGUGCGAUGACUUUGAUUUGUGUCUAAGUUGUAAAGAAAAAGAAGGUCAUCCGCAUCAAAUGGAGAAACUUGGUCUAGACUUAGAUGAUGGAUCAUCGCCGGCUGAUGCAAAACAAGUUAAUCCUCAGGAAGCAAGAAAGUUCUCGAUACAAAGGUGUAUACAGUCUCUGGUGCAUGCGUGUCAAUGCAAGGACGCUAACUGCCGAUUACCCAGUUGUCAGAGGAUGAAACGAGUAGUCCAGCACAUCAAGACAUGCAAGAGGCGCACGAGUGGCGGUUGCCCGAUCUGCAAACAACUUGUCGCCCUUUGCUGUCAUCAUGCGAGGCACUGUCAAGAAGCGAAGUGUCCUGUGCCGUUCUGUUUCAACAUCAAACAGAAACUCAAGCAACAACAGCACCACCAACGACUACAGCAGGCACAAUUACUCAGGCGAAGAAUGGCUGUGAUGAAUACUCGACCAACGGAAUCGACCAUGGCGUCGGUGCCGGCAACGGCCAACUCGUCCAUGGCGACUGGGGUGCCAGGCAUGAAACCAGGCAUAAGUCCAACCCAAUUGCCGUCACCACAUCAUCAUUCGGGUAUCGGUAUGAAGCCUGGCCCUCAGACACCACCGGCCAAUGUAUUGCAAGUUGUCAAGCAAGUUCAAGAAGAAGCGGCUCGACAGCAAGCGCCACAUGGCUACGGUAAGGUCAAUCCCGGUGGCGUUGUUGGAGGCGUCGGCGUUGGUGUAGGGGUGGCUGGUCAACCUGGUGGCGUUAUGCCACCACCACAAAUGCAGAGGCCUAUGCCGGUCCAGAUCAACAAUCCUGGCCUCAUGUCCAUGGAUCAAUGGCAAGGCAAUCUGACGAACUUCAGGUACCAACCGAACGCAGUAAUGCAGCAGAAUACGGGUCUCCGACAGCAGACGCCACAGCUGUUGCAGCAACAGCAGCAACAGCAGCAGCAACAGCAGCAGCAACAGCAAGUUCAACAGCAGCAGCAACCUCAGCCGGGACAACAACCUGUUAUGGGUGGAAUGGCUGGACAGAUGCCAAGGCAAGCUGGCGCAAUGGUUCCCGCUGGAGGUCAAGUGCAGAAUGCCGCGGGAAAGCAGGCCUUACAACAGCUAAUGCAGACGCUCAGGAGUCCAAACACGCCCGAACAACAAAACCAAAUACUCCACAUACUCAAGAGCAAUCCGCCUCUCAUGGCUGCUUUCAUCAAACAGCGACAACAGUCGGCAGGUCAACACGGAGGUGGUGCAGGUAGCGCAGGAGGUACAAUGGUUGCGACCCAACAGCAGCAACAGCCUCAACAACAACAGCAGCCUGGUCUGCAUAUGAUCAAUCCGCAGCAGCAGCAACAGCAGCAACAAGCGCAACAAGGUCGCAUGCAGAUUCAGGCAAUGCUCAAUCAACAACAGCAGCAAGCUCAGCAACAGCAACAACAGCAGCAACAGGGCCAGCAGCAAGUACCAAAUGUGACGCAGCAGCAGCAGCAACAGUGGUUCAAACAACAGCAGAUACUUAUGCUACAAAGGCAACAGCAACAAGCCGCAGCGCAACAGCAAGCGGCCGUUGCCGCGGCCGCCGCUGCUGGAGGCCAACAGUUCACACAGCCAUCCGCUCCACCCUAUGGUCAGCAGAGGCCAAUCAGGCCACCUAUGCUAGGCUAUAGCGGGUUCAACGAGCAAGGCUACGUGCAGCCAGGCCUGAAACCUACACCUCCGCCGGCGCCGUCGCCGCAAGGUAUGAUGGGCCCACCAGGAAUCUCGUCCGUGCAGCAGCAGCUAAUGCAGUCGGUUCGUUCGCCACCGCCGAUACGCUCGCCACAGCCGAAUCCAUCGCCGCGGCCGGUGCCGUCACCACGUAACCAGCCGGUACCGUCGCCACGGGCCAAUCCCGUACCCUCGCCCCACCACCACCCUCACGGCGGAACGCCCACGCACUCGCCGGCACACGAGCUCGGCGGUCCCAGCGAGAUGAUGUUGUCACAGCUGUCCCAGGCGGCGGCAGCAAACCAAGGCCCCGGUGGCCAGGGCCAUCCUGCGGCUGGCAUGGCCCACCAUCCAUCGCCCGCGCCGCCUAAUCAGCAGAGCAACCAGGGGCAAGAUGCUAACGACGUCACCCCUAUGACGCCGCAGGAUCAGCUGUCCAAGUUUGUCGAGGGCUUGUAGUGACUGUUGCUCGUUGCUCGCCGUUUACUGUAUAGUUUAUUAUUGUUCAUAUAUACGCGGGAACGAUGCUGCGCGACCAGUGCUGUGACAACCACGUGUGCGUCCGUCUGUCGUUUUACUAUGUUUGUUUGAUGCGAGAGGCCGACAACUCUCUCUUUCUUAAUCUUUUUUGUAUUUCGCCGACGAUGCGCCGAAAAAACGAUUAUCUCGAUUAUAAAUAUAUACAUAAAUAUAGAUACUGUGAGUGCGUGCGUGCGUGAGUGUGUGUGUGUGUAUGUGGAUGAGCGCAAGUAAGACUGAACGAACAUUGGCGUGCGUGUGUUGUUUUUAUGUGAGGAAAAGAAGGCGGACGAAUUUCCUACACACACACACCAGGGCUUUUUAACAAUGACAGCCUAGAAUUUAAGCGCGCACUCUUCACCCUCCAAUAAGGGUGCGCUCUCGAGUAUUUCAGACUAUAUAUAUACAUAUAUAUAUAUAUAGAUAUAUACAUAUUAUAUAAAAGACAUUUUUACGAGGAUAACGCGUACACUGUGACACGAUAUUAUUGUAACUUUCUCCUUUUCGAACUCUGUUUGCUAGCCCCUCCCCCAUCGCAGACAAAUCACAUACGCAUACAAUUGAGAGCAAGCAAUUUUACUAUACCAAGGUCCUUGUACGUUUUUUCUUCUACACAUAAAUAUUUAUAUAUGUAUAUUUAUAUACAUACCUUAUUAUUACAUUUUUUUUUGUUUUCUUGCUGCUACUAAUCGCGUGACGGCGCAGUUUCAAGUGGAAAUUCGUACAAAUGUGUUGUGUAUACUUAACGUUAAUUAAUUAUUAAUAGUACAACAAGAUUGAGCAAAGCAAAAACAAUGAUACUACCCUAGCGAUAAACGCAGUUAUUACCAUUACGUAUAUGUACUAUAUAAAUAUCUAUUAAUUAUUGUGACAAACAGAAAAAUACAAAGAUAAGCGAUAGAGGGCAAUGAUUUUUUUUUUUUUUUGUUGUACGAUGAGAAACGACGACGACAAGCGAGAGUGUGCAUCAAAUAAUUAAAUACAAAUCGGCUGUCCGCGUAUUUUACUGUUUUAAAUAAAGAAAAACAACAAAACUUAGUGCGAGAGUAGACGAAAAUAAAUGAACAAUUUGUAUGUGCAAACGCGAUAGUGAAAGAGACGAAGUAAAAAUAAAAAAAUUUUUAGACAGAGUUAUUAUGCAAAAUGGAAAAAAAUAAUAACAAAAACUGUUAGAUCGUAAGGUUAUUUGUUAUGAAACAAAAAAUUGCGCGAAUCGGCCAUCAUUGGAGGCUAUAGAGGGGUAAAAACCUCGUAGCAACUUUACAUAAUUAUUGUACGAAAGCCGUAUGAGAACUGAGCGACAUAGCUUGUAAGAAGGGCUUCAGGCGGUUUUCAUACUUUGAACAAAAGUUUAUAAACGUAGCGAGAGAGAAAGACAACGCUAGAUAAUCGAACUUGGGAGCCUCCAGCCUGCGACCUGAACACUUAUAUUUCCCGUUAUUUUUCUUUUUUUUCUAUCUCGUUAUUCAUUCAAAGUCUUGUAUUUCGCUGAGCUCCGGAAUGUACAGUUCAACCAAAAAUUUGUAGAGUAUCUUUUUGGUUGCGGGGGCCCCUUCGUAUAUAUAUCGCAACACUCUGUAAAUAUUUGAUAAAUACUACAAUUAAGGUAAUAAUAAUGAAUAAUUAUUAAUAAUUUACCUGUCUAAUAUAAAUUUCAUUGAUUAAUAUUAUUGCAUAUAUUGAUUAAAAAUAAUUAUUGAGAGAGGGAGAGAGAGAGAGAGAGAGAGAGAGAGAGAGAGAGAGAGAGAGAGAGAGAGAGAGAGAAAGAGAAAGAGAGAAAUGAACAUUGAAUAAAUCUAAAAGAAUUACUCGAGUUUGAAAUAUUGAAAUAUUUUGAUGAUAAAUUGUGAUGCGGGAUACUUCUUCACUCUUGUUUUUUCUUUGCUUUCUUUUUUUUUUAUCAUUGAUUCUUUAUUUUUAUUACACUGCUAAGUGCAUAUAUUAUCAUAAAGCGACCAUGCCAGUGUAUCAUAUCGAGACAGAAAUUCAAUAUAAUUUAGAGACAUUUUUUUAUCCUUGUUUAGUUUAAUUAUAGUCUUGUCCUAAUUUAAAAGCAAAUCGAGUGUGACCGACAGAUAACACAAUGUACAUUUAUACAUUAUUUUCAUUUUGUUAUUUUAUUGAGAGAAGGGAAACAUCGUAGGGCUUCGGAGAGUGCAUUUAAAGUAUAAGGCAGUUUACAAAGAGAGAGAGAGAAAGAGAGAGUGAGAGAGUCUAAUGCCAGCGUGAUAGUGCGAAUCGACAGUGAGAAAUGAAAUUUCCAGUGCGAUUUACAUAAAAUAAUUUUAGUGCUUUACAUAAAAGAAGAAAUCAAUUUAUUAUCGAUGUUCUAUUUGUGAAUCAUUGUUUUUUUCUUCGCUGUACAAAUGUCUUAUCUAUUCUCUUCUUUUUUUUUUAUCUUUAGAAGCGUUUACUUGGCCAUGCACAAGCGGCCGAAAUAUAUAAAUAUAUAUAUUAUUAUUAUUUUUUAAAUAAAAGAUUGAAAAAAUAUUACGAAAAAAACCACGUAUACACACUUAUUGAGAGGGAGUUGCAAUCUAAGUGGAUUCGCGCCAUACGUAAAUUCGUUAGUUUAAGUGCGAUCACGGAUGAAAGGAUAAAGCGACUUGCGUUUUGCGUGAACGAGACAGAAAGCAGAGAUAUUUAAGCGAGACAAAUUAGCCCACUUAAAUGAAAGAAAAAUGUGCAUGAUGAACUUCUUCCUAAUGAAAUGAAAGCUAUAAUAACUAGGACAAGUUAAGACGCAAGUACAAGUAAAUCCACGGUGUUUUACACGAAGAAAGAAAUAAAAAGGAAUACCCUACCUUUGUAAAAAAUGUAAGCCAAUAAAUAAAGUUUUGUUAAUUUAACGAUAUGCCAUUCUAUCGUUGUUAAAUUGACAAAAUUUCCUUAUUUAUAAGGAGGCACUUGUAUCAAGCAUAAGUUUUGUAAAUAUUCGUUCUACAUUUGCUAUUAUACACUAGAGAUUGGAAUAUAAAUUAUAUCUAAUUAUAAGCGAACUAUGAAAAAUAUAAAAUUGAUAUUAAAAAUAUGAGUGUCUUCUUCAACUUAUGAACCAAAAGUCACCUACAUUUUUAUUUCAUCAACAAUUCGUAUUUUUCGUUUAAUUUCCCUUUCAAUAUUGCUACGAUUGAUUCUCUGCUUUUCAAUUCAUUUGGACGGCAUGACUUUGGCGACCAAAGCGAUUAACUGCAAUUCGCGAGAAAAACUCGGAAAGUUUUUGAUCGGCGCAAUUUGAAACACUCCAGAUUUAAGCGAUGAUGAUCUCGAUGGCAAACUUAAAAGUAUUCGGCACGUGAAAUGGCUGUGUUGUUCGAGGCAGUUAAUUGUCAUUAGAAGUUCUCAUACACGAUUGACAUGAAAAUCACUCAGCAAACUCUCCUCGAAGGAUUUCUGAUUGAUUGAUUGAUUAACUACUUUAGUACACUUAGGCUAAUGCAUUUACUUUGCGUACACCGAAACAAAAUUUUAUUUUUUAAGUUUUUAUUUUGUAGCCUGACUUGUGUUAUUAUUUAAAUUUUAUUUAAUUUUAAACGCUUGUAAAUAAAAGUAAGGUUUCUUACUUUAAUAAAAAAAAUAUUGACAUUCAUUUGGCUGCUUUUAUUGGACUUUUGUACGAUUGCAAACGAAGAGGAAACGUGUAAAUACUGUUUCUGUACUUAUUCGACGCAUAUUGUCGCUCCAAUUCGCAAACUGGCAAACUGCGAAUCGUAGAAGCUUAUUUUAUCCUCUUCUCCGAGAGCGAUCUUCCGCUAUCUCCAACUGAAAAUCACGAAUAAGAAAAUUGUCGUGAUCAGACCGAUGCGCAGCUUAGUUUAGCAAUCGGAUGUGAUAUUACUCUAUCGUCAAAUAUUUACAAAGUGUUGCGCAGUGAAGAUUGCCCAUUGGAUCGCAUUAUUCUAUUCUUAUAAAGUUAACGAUGAAUAAUCCACACCAAGUGAUCGACACUGCGAGCUCGCAGCGAACAUUUAUUGUCGUCGUUUUGCAAUAACCGAUCGUUUCGACGGAUGCGCGAGCGUCGCAGCCGAAAACUUGCAACUCAGUUCGAUCGACUAAAGCAAUGGCGAAGCAAUCGGCGAGGGGACAGACUGCUCGUCGCACGCCUGCUGUAAAUAUUAUAAGCGCAAAUUCACACCGACCACCCUCGAUCGCAAGUGAUACAAUAAUUGUGCCGCGCGAUGUAAAUACCGCGGCGUCGACACCUUCCUCGGAGCCUGCCGUGAAGGAGACGCCGAACACCGGCUUCCGCACCGUGUCAACCGUCAAGUCUUUAUAAGCGAUCGACGCACGACAACUAUACAUAUUAUGUUCAUAAGAGACACUUUAUUAGCCAAGGCAACGUAGUUAAUUUCAAGCGCAAAAGAGAUUUAUAUAUAUACACAUAUAUAUUAGUUAGUGUAGGAGGGCGUAACGUUAUACAGAGGAUCGACGCCCAAGCCGUGCGAGCGUCGCGCGUCCAGUUUGUAGAUAAACGACAGAGGAUUCGCUAGAUAUCUAACCACUUGGAUAUUUUUAUUUUGUUAUACGUGCGCGAUAGAUAAAAGUAAGCCGCCGCCACCGAUCCCUCGAGCGGAUCGCCUGCGAGAUGAAACAGCGUUCAUACGAUACUCCUGUAUAAUGUGACGAUUGUCGAAGUUUCGAGGCGAGCUAGCAAAGGUUAUUUUCUCAUUGACUUUUCUAUAUGCUACAGCAACAAUAUGUUAUACAUAUACAUACACUUAUAGUUCACUAGCGAACCUGAAAGGUGUGUGUGUGUGUGUGUGUGCGUGUGUACGUGUUCGCGUAUGCGUUUGAGUAUAUGUGAGAAAGAGAGCAGAGAAGCGUUUAGUGAUAUGGAGUAUACAUUACGUCAUGAUUUACCGUCGGUUGUUUCCUUGUUGUUUUAUACAUACAUAAAAAUGAUAAAAGUCGUGCGGUGAGGGAUACGAAUCACGUCCAAGAGUGACGAAAAAUAUGCUAUGUGUAUAUAUUUAUACAUACAUAUGAUAAACA